UCAUCCUCUAUAUUCACCAAUAUUUCAACUUUCAAAGAGUUUUUGUUUCCUAAAAAUCCUCAAUAUCUCAUCAAUGGGUGAUAGAAGAAUGCGUAGUAUGGCAAUGCAGAUGGAACAAUACCAAGCAAUGAUGGAGAUUGAGGAUGCAGAAUUGUUCAAUGCUGAAGUUGAACUUAUCAACUCGUUUAUGCAAUCUGAGCACGAUGGCGAAUCUAGCCAUCGUGGUUCUGUCACGGGACGUUCAUAUGUGCAGCGUGAUAGAGAAGAGUGUCAUGAUCGAAUGAUGAAAGAUUAUUUCAUCGAGCGUCCGAGAUUUCCUGCUCAUGAUUUUCGGAGGCGGUUUCGGAUGAGGAGAGAGCUUUUUGAAAGCAUCUUGAAUGCAGUUGUCAAUCAUGACCACUACUUUGAACGGAGGGUAGAUGCCACAGGCCGACAAGGUCUAUCACCUCAUCAGAAGCCCACAUUUGCUUUUCGCAUGCUAGCUAAUAGAUGCUCUGCAGACUCAACUAACGAGUAUUGCCGCCUUGCAGAAAGUACUGCUAUUGAGAACCUGAAGCGCUUCUAUAAGGCAAUUGAAGGCAUAUAUGGAGCCACAUACCUCCGCAACCCAAAUCGUGCAGACUUGAAGAGGCUUCUACGCAAGGCAGAAAAAAAAGGCUUCCCUGGCAUGAUAGGAAGUCUCGAUUGUAUGCAUUGGGAGUGGAAGAAUUGUCCUACUGCUUGGGCUGGCCAAUUCAAGAGCCGUCAUGACAAGCCAACCAUCGUGCUCGAGGCUGUGGCGUCUUACGACACAUGGAUUUGGGUUUUUGGGUGAAUUUUGAGUUAAAUUGGAAGAUAAAUUGGAAGAAUUGUAAGAGAAAUUUGAGUUUUGUGUGGAUGUUUGAACAAAUACAUAGGUAUUUAUAGAG